AUGAAGAGAACGAGGGAGGAAGAAAGUGACGAUGAAAUAUUUGAAAGAAGAAGAAAAGUUCACAGACAAGACAAAGACGCAAAAGACGAGAUAGAAGAUCUUUUUGAGGAGGUUUCAUCAGAAAAUACGGUGGAGGAAAGAAGCGAAGAAAUGGACGCAUGGGGGAUAUCAGGCGGGGCAGCAGCGGGGAUUCUUCUGGAGAUAUUUGGAGACGGAACCGACUAUCUGCACGUGCUUGAGCACUAUGCCCGGCAGAACAGCCACGAGCAGAAAGAGAAGCAGGAGCAGGAGAUAGCCGUGAAAGCAGAGGCCUUCAGCACGGUAGAUAGGGAGGAGAUAGUAGGCAAAGUAACAGAGGCUCUUUUGGAAACUGUUUCUUCCUUUCCCAAAAAAGAGAUCGAGAUACUGGUUGCAAAUAUUGUUGAUGAUAAAAGUCUGGUCAAAAUCAUUUCAGAGUCGUUCCACUGCCUUGACGGCCCAGAGAACCACAUGGUUGUUCUGCAGGCCAUGCGUCUUGUCUCUUUGUACAGAGAAAAAGACAAAAUACUCGCACAGCUUCCCAAGACAGUGGAUAAGAGGGUGAAGACGGUAAUCUCCUGUGCGCACACGCUAAAAACCCCGGAGGAGUACACACAGCUGAUACAGUAUGUCUACAGGCUGCAGUCAAAUGUGUGUGCAGACGAAGACAGAGAGAUGGCUGCAGAGGUCACACAGAAAAUAGCAAACGUUUCGAUAUACCACACAGACCAUGCAGAAAUAGAGAGUGAUGGCCAGCAGAUGGAAAAAGAUCUGGAGGACAAAAAAGCCAGUUUGGCAAAUGAACAGAUACAAACAGGGCCGGUGCAGCAGAAGGGUCUUCUUUACAACCCGUGGAUAUUCAGAAUGGCAGUGGAGGUGGGCAUGGACAUAUCCGAGAUUGAAAUCCAGGGAAAAGAGACCGUGAGAGUAUUGGCGAACAAAAUAGCACACACGGACAUGUACAUCCUGCAGUCUCUCAAGAGAAGAGGCGUCUCGUACAGAAUUAUUUUGAAAAAAGAAGAGACAGUAGAGAAAAUAGCACAGAAGCUGGAAGGCAGUGUGCAGAGUAAAGAGAGGCUGAGAGAUGCCAUUGCAUACUUUAUAGAGAAGUCUGCAGAAGAGGUGAGCAGAGGGAUAGAAAGAGAGCUUGCGCUGAUCUCAGAAGAGUACGUGAAAAUAUCGCUCUUCAAAAAGGUAGAAGAAAUGCUCAGCGUAAAGCCUGGGAGAGAGAGUGUAGUUGGCGUGUGGCUGGACAAAGGAAGGCUGCGAUACCAUAAGACAGACCACAAGGGAGCAGUGAUAUCCAGCGGGAUAGCUCACAAUAAAGAGGGCUUGGAUCUGUCAGCUCACAUGGGUGUAAUCGCUAUGACAGGGAAAGGAUAUAAGCUGAAGCCAUUUAUGAAGUACAAAAACAAAAUGUACAUUGACGAGAGCCUGCUGAGCCUUAUGGAGGAGACAAAAGACCUGUCCAGUCUCCUAUGCAAGAUAGUGCGAUCUCCGCUCCCUGCAGCUGAAAAUGUGAUAAGCGCAGAGAAGCAUCUUCCCAUCAUAACUCCACUGCAAGAGAUGCUCCAGCACCAGGUGGCAAUGAGCGUGUUUGAAUACGCUGUGGCGUACAAAAGAGCAGAGGCGCAGGUGUGCCAGACAUACGACUAUGUCCAUCUGAAGAGGGAGCUGCUGGAGUUUGUAAAGAGCGGAGGCGAUCCUGCGGGCGUGGCAGUGGAUAGAUACUCAAGAUGCGAAGAGAUCCGCAGCGCAAUAAAAGAAACAGCAGUGCCCCACACGGGCUGGCUAAGGGCAGAGAACGAGCCCGUUAUAGAAAACGGCCUGUUUAGAAAGGCGUAUAGACACUGCAUAAAUAAGCUUAGAAACCAGUCUGAGGUGGCGGGGAUGGGAGCGCUUGACGCGAGAGAAAAGUUCCUUAUAUUCAACAACACAACAGAAGAAGAGCUAUUAUCUCUGCAGACAUCGUGGAGUCUCUUUUCAGGCAUAAAGAUAGCAAUGGAGGGGCGGGUGCUUGAGGGAGCCAUCUCCUGUAUCAACAGCAAUGAGACACACAUUCGGCUGGCUAAUGGCGUGUCUGCAGUGCUUGCACAGAAGGCGAGAGAAGGCCUUGUGGAUGGACAGAGGCUGCUGUUUCGCGUGGUAGAAGUAGACAUGCAGCAGAGCAGGGUGAUUGUCCAGGAAGAGAGGAAAGAUGAGAAAAGCCUGCUCAGAGCACACGCGCACUGGAGAGUAAAGAAUAUGCCUGCAAAGGCUGCAAACCGCAUGCUAAAGGACAAGAGCUUCGGAGCUUUCGUUCUGAGAGCUUCUGCCACGCACCCAGACUCGAUAAUCCUCACAAUUCGAAUAACAGAGCACCCAGAAAAGUGCUACUGUUCGCACAUCCGAAUCAAAGAGGUGAAGGAGGGGUACGAGCUGGAGGGCCGGCUGUUUAAAGACAUAGAGAGCAUCGCAGAGACGUACGUGCCAAACUAUCUGAAGACUCUGAAGCGUGUUAUGGGCCAUAGGAAGUUCACCACAGAGCCUGUGGAGUCGAUCAAGAAGAGACUUGUGUCCAGCAAACAGGACAAUAUCGCAGACAAGUAUGCUCUGUCAAUCUCAAAGACAUCGCUGGGGAGUGUAUCCUUUGUCUACAUGCGCAGUAGAGAGGAGGCUGCAGAGAUACUCCUGCACGUAGUGGAGAAAGGGCUCUACUUCAGCGGGAAAGUCUAUGCAAAGCCAGAUGAUUUUGUUAAUAGCUUUAAAGGCCUGGCGCACUGA